AUGACGGAAAACAACGAAAAGGAGAAUGAGCCUCAGAACCGGGAUUUCCAGCGGUCGCCUGGGACUAUGUCCGUGCAGCCAGAGUCCAAGCUGCAGCGCCUCAAGCGCUCUCUCUCUUUCAAAUCCGUGAUGCGGAGCAAGAGCAUGGAGAACUUCUUCCUGAGGACCAACAGCGAGGCCCGCCUCCCGCCUGACUUCAUCACCGACCCACCGCCCCCCUCCCCACCCCUCCUGCUGGAGUCCCCUCUGGUCGAUGACCGCUCCCCGUCCCUCUCCCCUUCCCUCAGCCCCAACCCCUCCCUCUGCUCCCACUCGCCCUCCCUCAGCCCCUCCCCCUCCCUGACAUCCAGGCCUCCUGCCCAGCUCCGCCCCCUCAAGACACAUUGCUUCCAGGAGCAUGUGUUCCGCCGGCCAACCCACUGCCAGCUCUGCAAGCACAUGAUCGUGGGUAACUCCAAACAGGGCCUGCGCUGCAAAGCCUGCAAGCUGGGGACUCACCUGUGGUGUUCGUCCGAGCUGUCCCAGCAGCCCUGCAAUGGCAAGUCCGGAGCCUUCAAACGGAACUUCAGCUCCCCGUUGCUCGUUAACGACCAGCUCGGGGUCGUUAAGGAGGCUCCCGCAAACCAAGAGUCUGCAGUGAAGGCGCGUGUGGACCCCGUGUACGAGGCCCUGCGGUACGGGACAUCCCUGGCACAGAUGAGCCGCUCCAGCAUCGGGAGCAUCUCUGAGUCGCCCACCCCCAGCAUAGGAGAGGGAGGUGAAGAGAGGGUGGAGAGCCAACAGCCAAUAGCAGAGGAGGAGAGCGUCCAGGAGACGGAGGUGAUUACACCCUCAGAGUCUGAGGACAGAGUAAGUCUGAAGGCUCCAAAGAGGAUUGAGGUUCACUCCAUCCACACGUACGUGGCACUGUACAAAUUUCUUCCUCAAGAGAAAAACGAUCUGGAGUUGUUCCCUGGUGAUCGUGUGCAGGUCAUUGAUGACUCGAAUGAAGACUGGUGGAAGGGUAAAUGCGGAGACAGAGUGGGCUUCUUCCCGGCAAACUUUGUCCAGAGAGUGCGUCCUGGUGAGCGUGUGUGGAGAGUCACCCAGGCCUUCAAUGGCUGCCGGGAGAAAGGCCAGAUGACUGUGAAAGCUUCCCAGAUCUGCGUGGGGAAGAACGAGGACAACGACGGCUUCCUGAAACUGACCAGUGGGAAGAAGAGAGGCUUGGUCCCCAAUGAAUCCCUGGAGGAGAUAUGA